GUCUUCCCCGCCGCCUCCCAGUCGGGUUGGGGCUGAGGCCGGUCCUGGCUUUGUAGCUCGCUCAAGAUGGCGGCGCAGCCACCCAGCGGGAUCCGCCUCAGCGCGCUUUGCCCGAAGUUUUUACAUACAAAUUCUACCAGUCACACUUGGCCAUUCAGUGCAGUUGCUGAAUUAAUAGAUAAUGCUUAUGAUCCUGAUGUGAAUGCUAAACAGAUAUGGAUUGACAAAACAGUGAUAAAUGACCAUAUAUGCUUGACAUUCACUGAUAAUGGGAAUGGUAUGACUUCAGAUAAAUUACAUAAAAUGCUAAGCUUUGGCUUCAGUGACAAAGUCACCGUGAAUGGUCAUGUCCCAGUUGGAUUGUAUGGGAAUGGCUUCAAAUCGGGUUCUAUGCGUUUGGGUAAAGAUGCAAUUGUUUUUACCAAAAAUGGAGAAAGCAUGAGCGUAGGCUUCUUGUCUCAGACCUACUUGGAAGUCAUAAAAGCAGAACAUGUUGUUGUCCCGAUAGUGGCCUUCAACAAACACCGACAGAUGAUUAAUUUAGCAGAAUCAAAAGCAAGCCUUUCUGCAAUUCUGGAACAUUCUCUGUUUUCUACGGAACAGAAAUUACUGGCAGAACUUGAUGCUAUUAUGGGUAAGAAGGGGACGAGGAUCAUCAUUUGGAAUCUUAGAAGCUACAAAAGUACAACAGAGUUUGAUUUUGAUAAGGAUAAAUAUGACAUCAGAAUUCCAGAAGAUUUAGAUGAGACAAUGGGGAAGAAAGGUUACAAGAAGCAAGAAAGGAUGGACCAAAUUGCCCCUGAGAGCGACUAUUCCCUGAGGGCUUACUGCAGUAUAUUAUAUCUAAAGCCGAGAAUGCAGAUCAUCUUACGUGGACAGAAAGUGAAGACACAGCUGGUGUCGAAGAGUCUUGCCUACAUCGAACGUGAUGUUUACCGACCCAAAUUUUUAACUAAAACGGUGAGAAUUACUUUUGGAUUCAACUGCAGAAAUAAAGAUCAUUAUGGGAUAAUGAUGUAUCACAGAAAUAGACUCAUCAAAGCUUAUGAAAAAGUUGGAUGUCAGUUAAGGGCAAACAACAUGGGUGUUGGAGUAGUGGGAAUUAUAGAGUGUAAUUUCCUAAAGCCAACUCAUAAUAAACAAGAUUUUGACUAUACUAAUGAGUAUAGACUUACAAUAGCAGCACUAGGAGAAAAGCUGAAUGAUUACUGGAAUGAAAUGAAAGUGAAGAAAAAUGCAGAAUAUCCUCUAAAUUUGCCAGUUGAAGAUAUACAGAAACGUCCUGAUCAGACAUGGGUUCAGUGUGAUUCCUGUCUAAAGUGGAGAAAAUUACCAGAUGGGAUAGAUCAACUUCCAGAAAAAUGGUAUUGCUCCAAUAACCCUGACCCACAGUUCAGAAAUUGUGAUGUUCCCGAAGAACCUGAAGAUGAGGAUUUGGUGCAUCCCACUUAUGAAAAAACCUACAAAAAGAAAGAGAAGGAAAAAUUCAGGAUCAGACAGCUGGAAGUGAUCCCUCAGAUUAAUGCUGAAUUGUUGUUUCGGACAACCCCUGUGUCAAGUCAAAGCUUUUCUCCCGUGAAGGAAAGUGUUCCAAGAGGACAUGUUUCAGAAGCGGCAAAUACUUAUGCAACAAGACUUAUAAAUAAUCAUCGAGGUUCACCCCAGUCUGAACCUGAAAGUAACAGCCUGAAACGGAGACUUUCUACUCGUUCCUCAAUUUUGAAUGCAAAGAAUCGAAGAUUAGGUAAUCAGGCAUUUGAAAAUUCAGCUUAUAAACAUGAUGAUGAUGAAGAUGUCAUCAUCUUAGAAGAAAACAGUACUCCCAAGCCUGCAGUAGAUCACGAUAUUGAAAUGAAAUCAGAACAGAGUCACGUCGAGCAAAGCGGUGUUCAGGUCGAGCCUGUGGGUGAUAAUGAAUCUUGUGGCCAGACUAAUGCAACGGGCAUCUCAUCAUCCAGGUGUGAUCAGGGAACUACUGCUGCCACCCAGACUGAAGUGCCAGGUUUAGUUGUUAAAAAGGAAGAGACUGUUGAAGAUGAGAUCGAUGCAAGGAAUGAUACAGCCGUGCUGUCAUCCUGUGUGGAAGCUGAAGGCAAGACUCAUGAAACCCAGGAAACCUUUGAUAAAUCUGCAGGUGAUGCUGGAUGCCAGUUAAAUGAACUGAGAAGUGAGCUGCUUCUAGUCACCCAAGAAAAAGAAAAUUAUAAAAGACAGUGUCUUGUGUUUACUGACCAAAUCAAAGUGUUACAACAGAGGAUACUGGAAAUGAAUGACAAAUACGUGAAGAAGGAAACUUGCCAUCAAUCUACCGAAACUGAUGCUGUAUUUUUACUUGAAAGUAUUAAUGGCAAAUCUGAAAGUCCAGACCAUAUGGUCUCUCAGUAUAGGCAAGCUUUGGAAGAAAUAGAAAGGCUGAAGAAACAGUGUAGUGCUUUGCAGCAUGUCAAGGCGGAAUGCAGUCAGUGUUCCAGUGGUGAGAGUAAGAGUGAAGUGGACGAAAUGGUUGUGCAGCUUGACGACGUAUUCAGGCAGCUGGACAAAUGCAGUAUCGAGAGGGACCAGUAUAAAAGUGAGGUUGAAUUAUUGGAAAUGGAAAAAUCACAAAUCCGUUCACAGUGUGAAGAAUUGAAAAAUGAAAUUGAACAGUUAAAAUCUACAAGUCGACAGAUAGGAACAGAUGUUUCAACUUCAAGUAACACUGAGGAGACUGUAAAUUAUACUGAUGGGGAAAGCCUCAAACUUCGCUCUCUUCGAGUUAACGUAGGACAGCUGCUGGCCAUGAUUGUACCUGAUCUUGAUCUUCAGCAAGUGAAUUAUGAUGUUGAUGUAGUUGAUGAGAUUUUAGGACAAGUGGUCGAGCAAAUGAGUGAAAUCAGUAGUACCUAAAGUAUAUUUUAUGUGAGAUAAUAAAAAUAUUUGCUCAAUCCUUUUGGUUGUACAGCUUUGAAAAUGUAAACAUUUUUGUUUUAUAGAUAGGAUGGGUAACAGACUGAAGAACCAUAAUCUUUAUUCUAUGCAUUCAAGUGUGGUCACAAAUACUGUGGACACAUUAUCACUUCUUUGAAAUGCCUGUGAAUCAUUGCUGUUGAGCGGCUGAAUAGCUAACUCAUGAUUCUGUUUUGAAAUGUAAAUAUUUGUAAUUAAGUCUGCACAUAUUUUUUUAUUACCCUAGAGGACUUAAGUGUUUUUCACCAAGAGGUUUUCAGGUUGCCCCUAACCUUUGUUUAAUCUUUUCUGGUUCCCCAAAGUGUAUUUUUCUCUGAAUUGCGGGCUGUGCCAUAAUACAAAUGGAAAUGUUACCUUUGAUUUUUUUACAGAGAAGUUUGAACAGGAUUUUUAAAGAAUGGAAUAACACUCCUGAUAAGUUGUAAGUGAAUGAAGCAUUAAUGUUUCUUUUCUAUAAAUUCUUAUCUUCUGAAGUAUUUUAUUCAUGAAAAUAAAGUAAGCAGAAACUCUCUCCA